GUCUGAAAAAUUCAAGAUGUCUGAAGCAGCGUUGUAUAUAUUUGGCCUGAUCGAUGGAGCUGCGUUACUAUUUUUAACCGUUUAUUUUAUCAUUAACUUAUCGGAUCUGGAAUGCGACUACAUCAAUGCCACUACAUGUUGCAGGAGACUUAACAUGUGGAUUCUUCCAGAAAUAGUUGCACAUGGAGUCAUAACAGUAUUGUUACUUGUACAUUUUCAGUGGAUAUUUUUCUUGUUCAAUGCUCCUCUAUUAGGUUGGCUUGUGUACAGAUUUGUUAACAAGCCAACUGGUAAUGUUGGUGUAUAUGACCCAGCAGAGAUCCACAACAGGCAUGAACUUAAAGGAUUUAUUAAAGAAGCUAUGAUCAAACUUGGAUUUCAUCUCUUAUUCUUUUUUUUAUAUCUUUAUAGCAUGAUAUCUGCUCUGUUGAAUGAAGAUACGAAAAAGGAGACAAGUUGAAUUAUGGUAGUUAUUUUUGGUACUUACCAUCCAAAAUUUUUGCAAGUUUCAGCCUCCAGAUAAAAUGAACUUGGUGAAUUUGUAAAAACAAAGUUUAGCAAAAGUAGUGGUUUGCUUUAUUUUUUUAAAAUUAAAUAUUAAUUUGUAGUGUUGUAACUGUUAAACUGCUGUUGCAACUGCUAACUUCUAUUCUAUAUCUUGACAUUUUGUGGUGUUUAAUUUUCAACAUUGUGGUUAACAAAAUGAUUUUUUCUGAAGUCCCAAGGUACAAAAUUUACGUUUUCCAUUUUGAUACCAAAUAAUUUCUAAAGAAUUACCUCUGUUGCCAAAUGUUAAGUAUUGUUUGAAAAGAGGAAAUGGCUCAGGAGGGUGUA